GAUUUGCCCCUUGGCCAAGGACAUAAGCUUAACCUCCUAAGACUGGCCUGCAGUUACAGAUCCAGACAACUGAGACCAGCCGCCUGCUCACACUGGCUUAUCAGGUGCCCAUGGAGGUGGAUCACAUGUCCCCCAGGCUGAGAGCCUUCCUCUCUGAACCCAUCGGAGAAAAAGAUGUCUGCUGGGUGGAUGGGGUCAGCCAUGAGCUUGCAAUCAAUUUGGUCACCAAAGGUUUCAACAAGGCCUACAUCCUGUUGGGACAAUUCCUUCUGAUGCACAAGAACCAAGCAGAGUUUCAGAAGUGGCUCAUUUGUUGUUGCGGCGCCACCGAGUAUGAGGCCCAGCAGAGUUCCAACUGUCUCAAGGAGUGGUGCGCUUGCUUCCUGUAGACACAAGCC